AGCCUUGGCAUGGCCCUCUGGCUCCUCACUCUGCUAGCUCCAUGGCUAGCCCUGUGGAUGCAUCUCCAACAGGCCAUGACGGUGGGUUGGGUCCCCACCGGAGAAAACGGACAACCUUCAGCACAGGGCAGCUGCUGGAGUUGGAGCGGGUGUUUGCAGCACGACCAUAUCCUGACAUUGGCACCCGUGAGCACCUGGCCCGGGUCACCUGCCUUCCUGAGGCAAAGAUACAGGUGUGGUUCCAGAACCGGCGGGCCAAGAGAAUCAAGAAUAGGAAGCCAGGAGGCCCGAGCCCCAGGCCUGAGCUCCCCCAGAGACCCUGUUCUCCUCCACAUACCCUCCAGCAACCCCAGGAUCCCCAAACACGAGGCCAGCUUCCACACUCUAACAGCACGCCUCAGUGCACCUCAGCGUGUCGACGUGCCUCCUGUCCGGCUCCUGGCUUGGGUCCAGCGCAGGGCCAGGUGGGGCCUAAAGCUAUAGCCCCAUGGGGAACAGCUGGGGCUUCAUGGGUUCACAUUUCUUCAGAGAGCUCUACGCCACAGACUUCACUAGGCAGCCUGUCUGACCUGAUCUAUGUCUCAGCCACUGUCAUGGACCUGGACCACUCCUAAUCUAGGUCCAGAACUUGCAAGCCCCCUCCCCUGGCUCCUGUUGCCCACUCUGCCCCUUAGGACACAUGAGAAGUGAGCCCAUGAGAAUGGAUCCGUGCUCCUUCUUUACACAAGGGCGUUCUUACGGGGAGGAAGUUGAGCUCAGGGAUCCCUCCCUGCCACUGUCCUCCAGGCCUAUGGAGUGACUAGGACCUGGCACCUGCUUCCCAGCACUCGGAAUCUCCUGGGGCACAGGCCCAAAGUCUUGGCAAGAGGGACCUUCAGAGGGAUGAGGUGGGGGCUGUUUUCUACCUCUCUUGUCAGGCCUGGUCCCCAAUUCUUCUCACCCCAGCGGAUGACACGUCCUCCCUCUAAAGCAGACGGGGCAGCCGCCCCUCACUUUCAGGCCAGUACCUAACUAACUGCUAAGUGAGCUAGAUCAGUGCUGAUCCUAAUUCUACACUGCUGGGGACCAACCCUUUUGUAGUUCAGGGCCCCCUCUCCUGACCUCCCAUCACUUGGAGAAAUUAAUCAGAACCAUGGAUCUGAAGAGGAAGAAAUUAUUAAAGUAAAUCAAGUAGAAAUAGGAGCCUGGGGUUUACACUGAUUUAAUUUUCAUAAAGAUCAGAUCGGCUGCCUCUGAUGCGGGGCUGUGGAGACAGCCUGACAGGUUAUAGAGGGAGUGGGAGUAUGCUCGUGGCAGCACUGGGUUUUGGUAUCACCAUCAUCUGUAAUACCAACUAAUCUCCAAAUAAAACCCAAACUCUGUACCUUAA